AUGAUCAGACGGCCCCCAACCAUCAUUGCCCUGGAGGAAAAUGAUGUUGAAUCUCACCUCCAGCGGAUCUAUAUCCGUCAUACUCUGACUGUCGAAUUCGAGCAGCUACACCUAGACGAAGAGAGCUGCGAUGAAACGAUGGACCCAUCUCCCAGCUCCUGUGUCUCUUCGGAAUCUGAUGUGGGACUUAAUACCACAAGCCUGAGUCAAGAAGGAUCCCCAUGUUUUGAGCCUCUUUCUCCAAGAGACAGGAGCUAUGCUUCUACAGAUGCAAUUCUACACACGACAGUGACAAAGUCCUGUCUCAAAUCCCCAAUCCCAACCCAACAGUCCUCACUACAGUUGACAAUCUCCACUGGAAUACACUCGCAAGCAGACCGGUCUGUUGACCCACCGCGACUGAAGGUGAAAUUUGCUCUUUCGCCGCAGGAACUUGAACCCCAUAGCGGCAAGGCCCCUCUUGAAGAAGAAACAGAUCGAGAUCGUCGCGGGGAAAACCACUGGCCAAGCCAUACAGAUGUUAUAUAUACGCCCAUGUCUAUUGACUCGCCAGCUUCGACGCCGCAGGUUUCAUUCUUGUCGUGUGGUGUGUCGUCAAGUCCGGCCACCGCAAGCGUCCCACACCGGGACCUAACCCUAGCGUCCACUAUGUCUUACGAGGAAGUCUUGGCCGAGGGGGCAGUCUCGCCUGCUAGCGCGGUCAAUGGCGUUGGCGACUCUCACAACAAAAUCGUCAUUUAG